AUGGACGAGCACAAAACUGAAGCUGUCGAUCGCAUCUCUGAUCUACCUGAGCCAAUUCUUCAUCAUAUACUAUCUAUGGUUGAAGCAAAUGAUGCAGCUCGAACUAGCGUCUUAUCCAAGGCCUGGAAAAGCACAUAUGAUUCAUCUCCAGUGGUGGUUUUAGAUGAACUCUUCAUUAAAGAAUUUGUCAAAUCAUAUGAGCUCAGCAGUGAAGAAAGGCAGAAGUACCUGAGUAAUUUAGAGCAGUUCAGGACUCGUUAUAGCGUGCAUAUACGAGGGGUUGGGGAUGAUGAGGAGAAAGGCCAAUUACUAGCGAGGAUGAUUAUCAGAGAGAAGUUCAUGUUGUUAUCAAACAAUUCGAUUAAGAGAAUAAAUCAGCAGAAGGAGUUGCUCAGCAUUAAAAAAUUCAGAUUUAGGAUUUUCCACCUGGAUGAUGAGUUUGCCUCUGUCAUUGACAAUUGGGUAGGAUUGGUAACAGAUAGAAACAUUGAAGAGCUAGAUAUAGAUAUCGGUUGCACAUUCUUACCAGUAUGUGAUUAUCCAAAACCAACAUACCUUUUGCCCCAAGCAAUACUUGCUGCAAAAUCACUAACUGUCUUGAAGCUAGGCGGAUGCAGAUUAGAUCUCCCCUUUACAGCAGGUAGCACAAGGUUUCCUUCUCUCCAACAGCUACAUCUAUGCUCAGUUCAUCUAGAUGAGCAGAUACUAGACAACCUUAUCUCCACCUUCCCUUGUGUUCAAAUCUUUGCUCUUGACAAUUUUUGGAGCUUAUCUAUUUUCGCAUUUCUGGACUUGGAAAACUUAAGAUGGUUGAGUUGUCAUCAAUGCAUUGGAGACUCAAAGAGGUUAACAUUGAAGCAGCAAGCCUUGAAACUUUGGACUUUUGCGAUGAGUUAA